UUCACAGACACUUUUCGUCUCUCGUCUCUUGGACUCUGGGAUGAACUCCAUAGACCCUCUCCAACCGCACCACCACCAGCACAGCAGCCACCACAGCCACGCUACACCCCACCCUGCGCCCCAGAAAGGCGAGGACAUGACCGCGGUUUACUGUGACAACCUCAGCUCCAUGUACCAUCACCAGCAGAGCGUCCAGAGCGCGCAAAGACCCCCGGGAUACGGCCCUCACGCGCUCGGGGACUACACCUCAUCUACCAACCCGUACUUGUGGCUCAAUGGUCCCGCCGUGAACUCCACAUCUGCCGCGUAUCUGCACCACGCCAGCAGUCCGGCCCCGUUCAUCCCUCCAUCGUACGGAUCACAGCGGCAGUUCAUCACCAACUCGCCCGGGUUUGGAGGUACGGAUCUCGGGUGGUUGUCAAUAGCGAGUCAGGAGGAGCUGCUGAAGUUGGUGCGCCCGCCUUAUUCGUAUUCCGCGCUGAUCGCAAUGGCUAUCCAAAAUGCGCACGACAAAAAGCUGACGUUGAGCCAGAUUUACCAGUACGUGGCGGAUAAUUUCCCGUUUUAUAAAAAGAGCAAAGCGGGCUGGCAAAACUCAAUCCGGCACAACCUGUCUCUGAACGACUGCUUCAAGAAGGUGCCAAGAGACGAGGACGACCCAGGUAAAGGGAACUACUGGACGCUGGACCCAAACUGUGAGAAAAUGUUUGACAACGGAAACUUCAGGAGGAAAAGAAAGCGCCGCUCAGACCCCAGCUCUUCCGGACCUGUGUCUUCCGUGAGCUCCUCUAAAGUCCAAGAGGGCCCUGAGCGGCCUGGGGGGGUGGGCUCCUCCCUUAAGUCCCCUGAAAGCCCCCCAUCUCUCCUGGGACAGUCCUCUCCUGAACUAGAAGAACAUCACCAAAACCACAAGGGACAUGCGGCGAGCUCACCGUGUUUUAACAACUUCUACAGCGCCAUGUCCAGUCUCAGCUCCCCCAACAGAUCACAGGGGGCAAUCGGACUGGUCAAUGAGUUGGCUAAUAGGAACAUUACGGCAGCCCUGUCUCCUUACCACACUUCCCACAAUGCACCGCAGCAGCAACAGGACGUUACUGUGGCGACAGAGCACGGGGACUCCAGCUUGCACUUCAACAGAGGAGUUUACUACAAUACGCUCAGCAGUGGAGGACAGAGUGGACAAUUUAAUGGACAUUUUUAUAACAGUUUUAGUGUCAACAGCUUGAUCUACCCACGAGAUGGAUCUGAGCUUUAG